AUGGCGUACGGAGCUACCAAUUUUGCCCCGUUCUUGGUGUAUGCUGCGGAGGAAGGAUUUGGUAAUCGGAGUUCCAUCCAGGACGUGUCUAUCGUGCGGGCAGCGCGGAGCCUUCGCCGUACAUGGCCUAUCUGUCAUAUCGCAGACACCACGUACCUCUGCCUUGAAAUCCUACUAAAAUCUCUUCUUAGUGAAGAUAUCGGGUAUGGCAAGGACGGUCACUUUUUAGUUGCAUCAGGAAGUAUUGCCUGGGAUGAUGUGUAUGGCGCCUUUGCUAGGGCUCUUGCAAAGAGGCGUUUCGUCGACAAUGAUACUGUGACAGAGGGCGAUGACACAGCUCCUGCCGGGAUGGCUGAAGGCCUGGGGGGUUAUCGCGACUGCGGUCCUGGUGCUCCUAGUCGGAAAAUGGCUUAUACUUCCCCAUUAUGGCUCUUUUCUGCGGAGUGA